AGAAGAAAUAUGAAGAAGAUUGUUAAAGGCCAUGGGUCUUUGCUUGUCAUGGUCUGGCUCUUCCUGGUGGGAUUUCUGCACCUUUGCCAAAGAGGAUGGACCCUCAAUUUGCAUGCAGAUGCCCCCACUGUAUAUUCUGGGCCUCCUGGAAGCUAUUUUGGGUUUGCCUUGGAUUUCUACCAGGACAGCAAAGGAAGUGUGAACAUAGUGGUGGGGGCCCCUCGGGCCAACACAUCACAGCCUGGUGUGAUAGAAGCAGGUUCUGUCUAUUUGUGCCCUUGGAAACUUAAUGGCAAUAACUGCAUCCCCAUUGAGUUUGAUACCAAAGGUGAUCAAGUGAGAAAACUUGGUCUCAUUACCAUGAAAACCUUCAAGUCCAAACAGUGGUUUGGAGCAUCUGUAAAUACCUGGAAACAAAAUAUCAUGGCCUGUGCCCCACUGCAACAUUGGAAUGCCAUGGACAGUAACGAAGAGACCACCAAGACUCCCGUGGGCAGCUGUUUUUUGGCCACAGGAGACCUUCAGAAGUUCUCUGAAUACUCUCCAUGCCGUCAGAUCCAAAUGCGCUCUGUUUACAAAUCAAGUAGAGGUGACGAUCGUUACUGUGAAAUUGGAUUCAGCUUUACCAUCUCUCAGUCUGGGAGGCUGAUGCUUGGGGCACCAGGUGGAUAUUACUUCACAGGUCUGGUCUAUUCAGUUGCCCUGUCAGAGGUUGAAGCAAAAUAUCCUCACUCUUCUUCUGCCUUGUUAUGGAACGUGAACGCAGAGCUGGUAAUACCGGAUGACAUUCAGGAGGAGUAUGAUGAUGGAUACUUGGGGUAUUCUGUGGCUUGUGGGGAGUUUAAUGAAGACUCAACAUCACCAGAAUAUGUAGUGGGCAUUCCUAACAAGAGCCUAACACAAGGAGGGGUGGAUAUUCUUACCAGGAGCUAUGAGUUCCAAAUUCUCUGGACCCUCUCUAGUGAGCAGGUGGCAUCAUAUUUUGGGCAUACAGUGGCAGUUGCUGAUAUCAAUGGAGAUGGGAAAGAUGACAUUCUGGUGGGGGCCCCUCUUUUCAUGGCUCGCCAGUCGGGUGGAAAACUCUAUGAAGUGGGAAGAGUUUACUUAUACCUACAGAGGAGGAGACCACACCCGUACAGAACUCCUUGGCAGAUGCUGACAGGCACAGAUGUCUAUGGCCGUUUUGGCAUGGCUAUCGCUCCUUUGGGUGAUAUAGACCAGGAUGGAUACAUUGACAUAGCCAUAGGAGCACCCUUUGCUGGCCAAGAUGGAGGCGGCUACGUUUACAUCUACCGUGGGCACAGUGAGGGGCUGAGUGCAUCCCCAAGCCAAAUCCUCAAGAGUCCCUUUCCUGAGCCUGCUGGUUUUGGCUUUGCCAUCCGUGGUGCCUCUGACAUUGAUGCUAAUGGCUAUCCUGAUGUGCUGGUUGGUGCUUACAGGGCCAGCAAGGUGGCUGUCUACAGAGCAAAGCCGAUGAUUGUACUCAAAGCCCACAUUUUCAUACCUGAUGUGCUCAACUCAGAGAUGAAAACAUGUCCCGGAGCACAGGCAACCUGCUUCACCAUCCAGAUGUGUGUAGGAAUGUCAGGAAAGAACAUUCCAUCAGAAAUUGAAGUCAAUGCAGAGCUACAGCUGGACCAUAUGAAACAGAAAUUUGGGCGGCGAGUUUUCUUGCAGCAAACCAACCAAUCAAGCCAGAUUUUCCAAUUGAAACUGUCAAAAAAUUCCCUGACUUGUGAGAAUGUCACGGCUUACUUGCAGGAUCAAGCUGAUUUCAAAGACAAACUAAGUGCCAUUGUUGUGAGCCUCAGCUGCAGUUUGGCAUCCUCCUCCAGAGUUGGAAUGCUGCAACCUGUACUGUCUGGCCAACUGAUGGUCCAGGAGCAGACCCACAUCCUUAUUGACUGUGGAGAAGACAACAUCUGCAUUCCAGACCUCAAACUCUCUGCUCACAUGAAUGAAGCUUCCCUGCUUAUUGGGGCUGAGAAUGUGGUUCUCAUCCAAGUUACAGCAACAAAUGCUGGAGAAGGAGCCUAUGAAACUGAGUUAGUGGUGGAGCUGCCAUUUGGGGCUUACUUCCAAAGAGCUAACAGCAGUGCACAGAAACUGAUCUGUAAUUUCCGCAAGGAGAAUGAAACCCAACUGGUGGCCUGUGAAGUGGGCAACCCAAUGAAAUCCCACACAGAGAUCAAGGUGGAUGUGGAACUAAGUAUCAGCCAGCUAGAAGAUGCCAAUAGUAGCAUUGUUUUUGUGCUGCAACUCAAGAGUAAGAAUAGCCUGAACCCCAACAGCAAUAAAGAAUGGCUGCAGGUGCCACUCAAGGUUGAUGCACAGGUGGAACUGUUUGGAAUCUCUGUACCAGCUGCAAUUGUGGUCUCGUGGGCCCUGGAGGACUUUAAGAACAAAAGCAAUGAAGCUGGUGACUAUGGACCAAAAGUAGAGCACAUCUAUCGGCUGCAGAAUGCAGGCCCCAGCACAGUAUCUGGAGCUGACCUGCUUGUGUAUUUCCCCAGUCACUUCUGGAAAGGCUUCUUACUUUACAUCACAAGAGUGAGCACAGAAGGCAACAUCAUCUGUUCACCCAUAAAUGAGACCAACCCUCUAAAGCUAAAAGUCCAGGAGCCCACAACUGCUCCUAGUUACAACCUGACUAUCCCCUCACGGCGUUGGCGUGAGAGGCGUGAUGUCAGCCUUUCAACAUUCAAGGAACCUAGUGUGGUGAAUUGUAGUAGCCAGUUGUGUGCUGUCCUCCACUGCCAAGGGGGGACACUGGAGAGGGGCCAUGGAGCAAUGGUGACAAUUCAUUCUGUGCUGUGGCUGCCAAGUUUCCAAGAGCAGCUUCCAAAGCAGCUUCUUAUCCAGUCCCAGGCCCAGUUCACUGCUACAGGGGCGCCUUACAAUAUUCAGCCAGAGGUUCUACCCAGUGGGGCUGCCCUGGCUGAAACUCUGGUGGAAUGGGUGAACCCCGAUGCCGAGAGAGACAUCCCUAUAUGGUGGAUCAUAACAGCUGUGUUGGUGGGACUUUUCCUUCUUGCAGUCUUUGUUAUUGUUCUCUGGAAGACGGGCUUUUUCAAGAGAAAGCGACCACCCACUGAAGAAGAGGAGCAGCUAACUCAUGAUCCUGGAGUUCAGUCAGCUGGAGCGGGGCAAUAGGGUAACUCCUCCCACAUCUAAUCUCAUUCUUGACGGCAUGGAAAGGACAACAGCUGGCAAGAUACCCUGACUCCCUGUACUACCUUCCUUUUUUAAAAAUUAUUGCUGUCACCACCUUCUUUACCCACAAUUCAGGACACAUAAAACAAGGUUUAUCUGGUCCAAAGUGCAUUUUAAGCAGCAGAAAUCAGACAUCUGUGAGAAGACCACGGGCUGGACAGGAGUGUAAUUGAAUCUCCUGCUCAUAUUCUCCAUGGCUGCUUGUAGACUUUGUAGAGAAUAUAAUUUUACUCACUUCCUGGAUGUGCAAUUCAUAUUUCAUCAGCUCUCCAAUUUCAAAAACCAGUUCCUGGCUGCAAAACCUUACCCAAGUGGAUCACAAUCACAUAUUCAAAGACUCACCCAUUUAUAAAAAUGAAAAACAGAUGGAAAAUAAUGUUAUAAAAAAAUCCAAUAAAGAAUCCUCCACAACUUAUGUAAAAAGUGCAAGUUUUGCAUAUGAAAGGGAAGGGUAAUA